AUGCGUGGUGCCACGAGACUGCUGCUCUCCUCCAGCCGCGCCAGUGGGCCGCUGUCACGGCCUGCCAUCGCUGCUCCUGCUGCUGCUGUUUCAGCAUCUGUCUCCAGUCCCGCCGUGACGACCGGCGUCUGCCUCCUCUGCCAGCAUCGCACCGCCACGAGAGCACCAACCUCCUCCCCGCCGCCGCAACAAUUCCCAUUUUCAGCCCAACGACGCUGGUUCACAUCCACGGGCUCCACACAGACUACUGCUAGUCAGGGGCAGGGAAACCAGGGCAACGUGAAGAACGAGCCUGAACGCGCAGAUGAAGCAGGAACAGAGCCAGAGAUGUCAGGGCAAGUGGCCGACAACGACAACAACAACAUCUUCACGCCCGACCUCACCAACCACUACACCGUCUUCCCGGACACGAUCCCUGGAGGCCCACCACCCAACUCGCCGUUUGAGAUCCCGCUGCCAGCCCUCCGGCGCGAGUUCCUCAAGCUCCAGGCCCUCUCCCACCCGGACAAGUAUCCGCCCGGCCCGGCCAAGCAGCGCGCCGAAGCCCUGUCGGCCCGCAUCAACGAGGCGUAUCGCACGCUGGCCGACCCCCUGCAUCGUGCGCAGUACCUGCUGUCCCAGUGGCACGGCAUUGACGUCACGGCGGAGGACGGCGCCGCGAAACACGCGCUCGAUCCCGAGACCCUCAUGGAGGUGAUGGAGGCGCAGGAGACGGUCGAGGAGGCAAGCAGCCUCCCCGAAGCUGAGGCGGAAGCGACCAUCAACCGCCUGCGGGACGAGAAUGCCGCCCGGAUCGAUGCGUCGGUCAAGGCGCUGGGCGAAGCGUUCGAUCGUGGGGACAUCGAGGCUGCUCGGGCGGAGUGUGUCCGGCUACGGUUCUGGUACAGUCUGGCGGACGGGUUGCGAGAGUGGGAACCGGGCAGGACGGAGAUCCGCUUGGUCCAUUGA